GUCAAUCUCAAACUACUUUCACAAAAUCCAUUUCCGUCCUGAUUUCUAUGACUAGGUAUGCAGACCGCAAAUGUCACGUGACAUGUAAAUCACGCAUGCUCUCAGUCAGGGUCUUCCGAAGCCAUUGAGUGUUUCCCGGUACACUCUCAAAGCGCUGUAUGUACGACACUAUUGAGGGUAGUGUUUAUGUAAGAAAGCUGGCUUAUGAGCAACCACUAAGGCAUGUUGGAUUUACUGUGCUGCAAACACCAACCAAAACAGACGGAAUUUUCACCUGCUGUAUGAUUCCAGAAGUCUGCGCGCUAAUAUCUACGUAGAACACGGACGUCCAGUCAUCGUAAACGAUGCAACUGACUGUUGGAUGUUAAUGUAAACACGGGCAAAUACUGAUAUUGAGUACGGUGAUUUCGCUCGGCUCAAGACGUUACAAGUCACAAUGCAAAGGAAAGAAAAAUACGAGAUAACGGACUCGCCUCCUGAUUCCACAUCGCACAGCAAGGAGAACAACGAUGACGUCUACGAGGAGAAGAAAGAUGGUGUCAUUAACCCGGGCUACAGCAGCAGUAACGAGACGAUCGGCUCAAGCCAUUUUGAAAUAGAACCCGUCACUAACGGUCACCCACAAAACCUUUCGACUGGAAAUGCUGCAAAUAGAAGCGGUUAUUCACGUACAGUACAGAUUAUACAGACCUCGGUCAGAAAUUUCUACGAUCGUCACGAGGAUCCGUUUUGGAUGGCUUUCAAAGUCGUACUUGCUAUUCUUUAUUUCAUUUACUUUGGCUUUGCCUUGGCCUAUAGUUUCGGGGACGAGGGUUCCAUCCGUCUUCUCGUGGUGACAAUACUCGUCACUGUUUUCAUUAUUACUAGAAUUGUUUGUGGACUGUGUGGAGAUGGAUGCAUGUUACCUUAUCGGAGAAUCAAAAACAUGGUGAAAUCAAUGUCACCGUCACAAAAAAAGAAAUAUGCCCGGUUUAUGACAUGGUUCUACAUCUUCUUCAUGAUUGGCUAUUUCGCAUUCAUUGUGAUCUGGGUCAUCGUAGACGUGGGUCUGAAGAACCCCGAAAAUCUGCUCUCCGCCGCAGGGGUUGCCAUCUUCAUCCUCCUCUUCUACAUAUUCUCCUAUAACCCAGCUGCGGUGACGUGGCGCCCUGUCCUAUGGGGAAUGUACAUCCAGUUUGCCUUCGCACUGCUCAUAUUGCGCUGGGAAGUCGGCUUCCAGGCAUUCAAAUGGUUAGGGGAUCGCAUUCAGGAAUUCCUUGCUCAUACAGAUGCUGGGGCUAUAUUUGUGUUUGGAGAUUCCUACAUGAACCAUUUCUUCGCAUUCAAGGUGUUGCCCGUGAUUGUAUUUUUCAGCACGAUGAUGUCUAUCCUGUACUACUGGGGCGUCAUGCAGUUUGUCAUCCGCCAUAUUGCCAGAGUGCUCGCAUUCGCGCUGGGCACGUCGCCGGCCGAGUCGCUAAACGCUGCGGGCAACAUCUUCAUCGGCCAGACCGAGGCCCCGCUCAUGAUUCGUCCCUUCCUAAAAAAGCUGACGAAUUCCGAGCUUCAUGCCGUCAUGACAGGCGGCUUCGCUACCAUCGCUGGGUCGGUCAUGGCUGCGUACAUCAGUUACGGGGUACCAGCCAACCAUCUGAUUGCUGCGUCCGUCAUGUCAGCGCCGGCAGCUCUGGCCAUGAGUAAGCUGUUUUACCCUCAGAUAGAGGAGGUCCAGGCCGACGGCGACGACGUGUACAACAUGGCGGAAUCGGAACAUUCUAAUGUGUUAGCAGCAGCGUCAGAAGGGGCCAGUACGAGCAUAGGACUCGUCGCCAACAUUGCUGCCAACCUGAUCGCCUUCAUUGCUAUACUCGCUUUUGUAAAUGCCACUCUCAAAUGGUUUGGUCACAGAAUUGGAAUGUACAACCCUGAGCUUACGUUCGAGUGGAUAUGUUCCUAUGUAUUCUGGCCAGUGCCUUUCUUUAUGGGGGUCCACGUAGAAGAUUGUCGCCGAGUAGCAGAGCUAAUCGGCGUGAAAACUUUCCUGAACGAGUUCGUGGCGUAUACGCGUCUCGCGGUAUUCCUCGAGAAUCGGAAAACGCUUGUGGAGUACAAUGAUCUGGGCUGGGACAAUGUCACAUGCACGCACAUCAACAAUGGUGAUAUCUACCUUAACGCUACUAACGUCACGCUUGUCGGGGGAGUCAUGACGGACCGAUCUGAAGUGAUCACGACCUACGCUCUCUGUGGCUUCUCUAAUAUCGGCUCUAUUGGGAUUAUGAUUGGUGGCCUUGGAGCGCUGGCCCCCGAGAGGAAAACGGACAUCACCAAAACGGUUGUCCGUGCCAUGAUCGCUGGCAACGUCGCCUGCUUCUUAACGGCCUGUAUUGCAGGCUUGUUGUACCAGCCACCGAUCGAUCCAUUGGCAGGCAAUAUCACGUGUGGAAACGACUUUAUUUACCAACAGUAACAAGUUAAAAGUUUUCCACCGCUGGGACUGUCAUGUGAAGGUGACUUAAUUUACCAAAAGUAACAAUUUAAAAGUUAUCUGCCG